AUGUCGUUGUGCCUAGAAUUUGUGCUACUGUCGCAACUUUUCAUAUUCUGCAUGGUAUCAUCACUUACAGCGGCGGAAGGACUACCGGACUGCCGCACCAUGGAGCCAUUUCUUUCCCAUGAAUCCCACACUGCAACUUCACCAGCAACCGCUAUCGAUGACCUGAGUUUGGCAUGCCUCCUUCGCCCUGGUACGGCGGCGGCUUUGCUUUUAGGAUCACCAGAGGGACGUUUGCUUAGCCCACUACGCGGACGCUGGCACAGCGAUGGUACCGCAAAUCAAUAUGUGGGCAGCACACUCGAUGAUGAGGCCAAACUCUCCAUGCUGUCUCGGGUGACACAAUUCUGGCACCGCCUCUGCGUGUAUCCGUGGGGCGAUCCGGCUGCUGUGGAGCGCUUCUUCUUUCAGCGCCAACUUCGCCUUAGCUUUGAGGUGAAUGUAGAAUCUGACACCAAGGCGAGCGGUGGUCAAAUCUUCAGCAUGGCAGUGAUGGAAUACGUUCGUGCUACAAGCUUUCAGCCGACUGCAGUGCGUGUUAAACAAACGGGUGAGGCGGACACCAGAGAUGUUCAACUCGCCUGUAAUUUUACACGGGUUCUCGAGAUGCGCCGUGCCACUGGCGAAGCCUCCUCAUCACUGGCUCGUUCACUAAAGAGCCUUGACGUAGUCUCUAUGAUCUCGCUCCUCUUCGGCGGAAGCGGCGGCAACGGCAGAGGAAAUGCCGCCUCGUCAUCGUCACAACGCAUGGAAAUGGAGUCCGUGUACGUUUUUGAGGAACUCGGGCCGCAUAGGCGAAAUAGUCUGUGGGUGCCGUCAUGGGUGGCGGCGUGGUUUGGUAGUCGGCCCAUGGAAACUACCGAGACGCUUCUUCGUGGAGAGGACGGCCACCACCAGUUUGUUUUGGAGGCCCAUCUACCAGUGGCAAAACCAGUGUGUCUUCGCUUGGCUGCGGUGGUUGAGAGAGGGCUUAUUGUGCAUAUAGAAGAAUCCCUCGUGUUCGAUGCGUUUUGGCUGAAACAUGUCCUGUUGUUGUGCCUUGUGCGAUUGCUCCAGCCGUCGGUGGAGGAUAUUCCAGCUCUCCAGAUAUUUCUAGCAGGUAUGGGCAGCGUGGUUGUGUUGUGCGGGUUCGUUGCAUUGUUUGUGCUACGAAAACUACAGAACAUGACACUGGGAAAACUUGGCCUUGUGACGGUAAUUGCAAUGGGUGGUCUCCCUGCUCUCGUGGAAAGUAUUUUGAGCGCUGCCUCCGCUCUCAUUUACACGUACUUUCGCAAUGAUGACGGAUCGGACUUGCUAUUUCACCUUACAUGGGUGCUGAUUCUAAUUGGCCUCAUCUGCGGACUCUUCGCAAAGUUUCUGUGGGCCAGUUACCUUGCCUCACUCACACGGUGGACGCUGAGGUGUGUGCAGUUGGGCAUACUCUCGUGUGCUGCCUUGCAGAAUCGCGAAGCAACGCUUGUUUUUGUCACAACCGCAGUUGUGCUGAGUCCAUCUCGCAUCUUUCGCUUCAUUCUAUGGUGUUCGCGUUCCUCUGGUUUAGAGAAUCGAGAGAACGACCCGCAGGAGAAACUUCCCAGCGCGGCCCGACGUGCUGUGGCGUAUGCGCCCCCGCUGUGUGUUGAGGGUCUCAUCGGCGGGUCACGUGCGCUCAGUGCAGAGAAGAAGCUGCAGUUGUAUGACACACUGGGAAACGAAUACACGCAGCGGGCUCUCCAUCAUCUGGCGGAGCAAUUGCGGAAGGAGCCGGAGCGCUACGCAGCGCGCUUAAGCGAUCCUAAAGGUGCCUCAAGUUGGGCGAGAAAGUACAACUAA